CGCACCGCGAGGACUCAGUGUGCGUCGAGUUGCCGGCUGAGAGGGUCGCUCUGCCCCGUGAGGAACGCACCGCCAACCGCGCGUCGCUAUACGAGUCGAGUGCGACGAUCCGAGCCGCGCCGGGACAACGGCGGGCCGUACGGCGUCUUUCCGAGCCGGGUCGAUCCGCGACUUCCUUGCACCUGUUGUUGUUGUCGUCGACCCGGGCUGGCGGGCUGGGGUCGGGGCGGGCGCGCAGCCAGGAUGUGAGAGGGCAGCGGCUGCCGGACUGCCGGGGCGGCGCGCCGAGGCGCGUGGAUGGGGUGCCGACACUCCCGCCAAGAGGGAGCCUGCCGUGAAGAGGACCCGCCGAGGACCAACCUGCUGUCCCGCUCAUGCGCCACCGUAGGGAAGAUGCUUAGCGCGUUGCACCCCAAGAACCACACGGUGCCCAUCUACCGGCGGACGUUUCGCCUCUCCCGGUUCGAGAUCCACGUCGACUUGUGGGUGUCGGAGCAACUGGCCCGUCGUCGCGGCGGCGGCAGCAGGCACGCCGAGGACGCCGAGGAGUGCGAGGUGCACGAGAACGCCGCGGCCACGGAGGUGGGCGGCGACGACCUCCCCCGGGGGGCCACCGCGUCGUUCAACUCCCGUCGCGGGUCCGCGGUCGCGGGCAAUAGCCUCGUGCAGAGGGACGUGAUCGUGGAGCCGCGACCCGUCGAGGACUCGGCCGAAGACGCACCCGCCGACGAGGCCACCGACGAGGCUGUCGUUGAGGACGCCGUAGUUGCCGAGGAGGUCGAGGCCGGCGACAGCAGAGCUGAGCAGCCCGUCGGCUGCGAGGCCGCCAUCAACGCCGACGCCACGGAAGCCUCCGAGGCCACCGUUGAGGUCGUGACGGAGUGCGCGCCCGAUGAGGACCCGAACGGCAACGCGCCGACCAAGUCCAUGGAGACGGCUGUCUAGCUGUAGCACCCCCGGGACUUGAGCGGGACGCUCGCCGCACUCCCGCAUCCCCGGGCGCACCGAUGGCCAACGUCACGGCCAGCCCCAUGUACCAGCAGCUGCCGCGUCCCCCGGGGCACUCAGGACCCGCCAUGGGCAACGCGUCCACCGUGCUGGCGCUGCAGCACGGCCACUCGCACUACAACUGGAGCCGCCACCCGGACAUGGACAUCAUCGAGGACGCCGGCGUGCAGGCCUUCUUCUUCAUCUGCUACACCACCAUCUUCGUGCUCGGCGUGUUCGGCAACGUGCUCGUCUGCUACGUGGUGGGCCGCAACCGCGCCAUGCAGACCGUCACCAACUUCUUCAUCACCAACCUGGCGCUGUCCGACAUCCUGCUGUGCAUCCUGGCCGUGCCCUUCACGCCGCUCUACUCCUUCCUGGGCCAGUGGAUCUUCGGGCGCGUGCUCUGCCACCUCGUGGCCUACGCCCAGGGCACCAGCGUGUACAUCUCGACGCUCACGCUCACGUCCAUCGCCAUCGACCGCUUCUUCGUCAUCAUCUACCCCUUCCAUCCACGCAUGCAGCUGACCACGUGCGUGGUCAUCAUCUCGUCCAUCUGGCUGUUCUCCGUGUUCGUCACGCUCCCCUAUGGACUCUACAUGAACCACAAGGACGUGGACGGCCGCUUCUACUGCGAGGAGACCUGGCCCUCGGAAAACUUUCGGCAGGUGAGAGGAGAGCUAACACCAUACCGACGCACGGUCACGUCCCCCGCAGUCUGCAUCGUCCUCUGCGACACAAAUAACGCCUCCCUCCUCCCCUCCCACUUCUUACUCUUUCCUUCGACGUAA